ACGAAGACGGAAAAAGAAGUGUAGAUCGGUCCAACCAUCCUCUGCCUGGACUACACAUCAUGGUGAAAACUGCUAGAUAUGACAACUUGGAGAACGAAACAUUCUCUCCGCUUCCUCCACCUCUGUCUCCAGGCCAGGGAGGAUACCCGUUUGGAAAUGAUGAAAAAGAUGGUGAAGUGUCCCAGCUUGCUGAGGUUCCGACUGCCAAAAGAAAAGGAGUGAGGAGACCCCAGCCCAAGUUGGACUCCCACAGGCUGACGUCGGAUAAAGGACUUCCAGCACUGCGAACACUUUUUGACAAUGUCCGCUUUAAAGGAAAAGGGCAUGAGGCGGCAGAUGUGCGACUACUGGUGCAGAAGAUGGAAAACUGGGCACACAGGUUGUACCCCAAGCUUCAGUUUGAAGAUUUUAUUUACAGAGUGGAGAAGCUGGGCGCCAAGAAGGAGGUGCAGACUUGUCUCAAACGGAUACGCCUUGAUAUGCCACUGACACACGAUGAUUUUACUGGUGAAGAGGAAGCUUCUCCCGAGUCUCACAUCUUAGAAGAACCAGACCAGUUCGGCAGUCAGAGCUUCCCUAGCGACGAGCCAGGACCAAUCCACUCCACCCCGGCACCUGCUGGUCCACCGGCCCCCUCUUUGACCGAUGAGGAGCGCCAACGUAUGGAGCUGAACAGACAGCGAGCCCUGGAGAGGAAGAUAGCUCGCCAGCAGCGACUAACAGACCACCAGACAGUUGGCUCGUCACUGCAAGCAGACGACUCCUCAGUGGACGCAUCAGAGCCUUCUGUCCACUCUUCCUCAGGUCAAGACAAAGACGAGAAGCAAACUAGCAGCAGCAGCAGUUCACCCCAGCUGCUGAUUGACUUAGAGUCAACCCCCUAG